GUGUUACGGGUGUGUGUAGGUGGCUGUUAUGUGUGUGCAUGCGUGUAUACAUCGUGCAGGGAUGGGACCUGGAGACCCAGGAUCGCAGUGUACACUUACCAGGUUUGCUCUGUGUGUGUACACGGGUAUGGGCUGUGUUUCCUGUACAUGUCAUUGCAUGCAGCAUUAAUAGCAGAAUGUCCUGUGUUUCUGUCACUUUGUUUCAUUUUUCUUUGUGGUUUUCUUUCUUGCGGUAGUGAAAGUCUUUGUAAGCGUAUGCGUACGUGGUUUACCCGUACCUGUGACUUAUGUGUGAGUUCAUAGAUCUCAGCUCCUGAUAAUAUGCAUGAGGUGAUAUUACUUCCAAGAACCAAGAGAACCAAUUAGCAAAUUUGUUCUCUGCCUGUCAAUUCUUUAGUUCUAAAGCAAAAUUUUAGUGGAUUUCAAGUUAGUCUUUGUGCCUUAUUAAAGGAGCCUGCAUAUGAAAGUAGUGGCUGAGUUUGGUUCCUUGGAAUGGAAGUGAGGCAGCCAUACCUGAGAAAUGCAGAGACUAGGAAAAAGAUACCCUUGGAUGCAUUGUUGAGUGUGCCCUCAGAAGGAUAAAUAAUGCGUUUGCUCCUUGUUUUUGUUUAUUGUGAGAGCAAUCACUGAUGCCUGUGUUGGAGUCAGGGAAGGGCUGGGGGAGAAGGGGUUGUCCUGAGACAGAGUGGAUGUGGUCAUACUUCCCAUGUGAAUGAAGGAUGUUUUUGCUUUUGGGGUACCAGGAUACCUUGCUGUGGUUGGGAUCAUGGUAUACUCAAGCAUGUAUCUUAGAGGUUAAACUGACUUCCGUGUGUGUGUGUGUGUGUGUGUGUGUGUGUGUGUGUGUGAGGGUUAAAUGUCUAAUUCUGUAAUGUGCUGCCCACAUGAUUCCCAAGGGACUGGGGCCACAGGUCCACACCAGCAGCUCUCAUGUGGGUGUCUGGGUCCAAAUGUGUACUCCCCUGUUGCAGUGUUCACAUAUGUCUAAGCAUGUAUCCCGUGGGGUAUGUGGGUCCCAAGGUCUCAGAACGUGGAUCUGUGGCACCCCUGUGCUCACAGUUGUGUGUAUGUCUCAUAAGCACCUAGAUCCCUAUUUUUUGUAUUGUGGUUAUAUACACGUACCCACACAGCUCAGUGUAUGUUUCUGUCCUCUACACACAUGUUCCCAAGGGUCUGACAAGGGUUCCUGUGUCAUGGUGUCCGCAUUUUUGUGGGCAGACUUUCUAACACCUGGGCUUUGGAGGCAAAGGGAAACUGAAGACUGAUUCUAGGGUAGAUUGCUGGUGAUUUGCAAUUCUGGAAGCAGACAGUGAAAUGUAGCUGUGGCCCUCCCUUGUUCUGGAACCUAGAGGGUUAACAGGCAGCUCUUCCGGUCCCCCCUCUCCAGCCUGUAGCUUCUUGUUGCCGUGGAGAUGGUAGCCCCGCCCCUGAUGCAGCACCUGCCCCCCCAUUGGCUGCAGUGGUGACUGUGGGGCUGAGGGGGGAGCCCAGGCCUGGGCAGCCAUUCUGGAGCUGGAGCCGGAGCUUGGCAUCCCCCCACUUUCAUCCUCCUCUAGCCCCUUGGCCCCUCUAAAUUCCCUGGCAGCAGAGCCCCAGCUUCCUUCCUCUGAGCUGCCACCCCUCUAGACUCGUGGCAGUCCGAGCUUCAUCCGCAUUCUCUUCCCCUCCUCCUCUUCUCCCUACCCUCACUUGGGAGUCCCCUGAACCUCCACUGCUCAUCCUCCCCACUCCCUGCCCACUCCCCUGCAUUCUUCUCUUUUCCUCUUCCCCACCCCCCUUCCCUCCUGAGUCCCUGCCACUGCAGUGCACGUGGAACCUGCCCUUCUCCCCUCCCCCUCCCAUCUGCCCCUUGAAUUUUCUGUCCCCAGGCUUCUUCCCCUGCCACUCCUCACAGGUCGCUUCUAAGACUUCCCCCUCCAGACCAGGGAGGGGGUCAUGGGAGGCAGCCCUGGCUGUCCAGACAGACAGGGGUUCCAGGAGAGGGGGGCAGGUGGAAGAUGUGCCCAGCUGAGGGGAGAGGAAAGCCUGCCUAUGGGCAAUGACCUUUAACCCAACUGCCCCCCCCAGCUAGCCCCUUCCUGGGGGGGUGGGCACCAAGGACCUAGCUUCUGUGGAUCUUUGGUGUCCUUUUUAUCACUGGGGUUUUACUGACCCUCUCAGCCAUGCCCUUCUGCUGACUGCCAGUCCCAGUCAUGGGCCUAAGGCCUCCCACCCCAUCCCCCUCGGGGGGCUCCGGCUCGGGUUCUUUACCCCCUCCUUCCCGCCGUCAGCCUCUCAGCCGCCGCUGCUCUUCCUGCUGCUUUCCGGGGGAAUACCACUUGGGUCGCUCGAGGAGGAAGAGCGUCCCAGGGGGGAAGCAGUACAGCAUGGAGGCCGCCCCCGCUGCGCCCUUCCGGCCCUCGCAAGGCUUCCUGAGCCGGAGGCUAAAAAGCUCCAUCAAACGCACGAAGUCACAACCCAAACUUGACCGGACCAGCAGCUUUCGCCAGAUCCUGCCUCGCUUCCGAAGUGCUGACCAUGACCGGGCCCGGCUGAUGCAGAGCUUCAAGGAGUCACACUCGCACGAGUCUUUGCUGAGCCCUAGCAGUGCGGCCGAGGCCUUGGAGCUCAACUUGGAUGAAGAUUCCAUUAUCAAGCCAGUGCAUAGCUCCAUCCUGGGCCAGGAGUUCUGUUUUGAGGUAACAACGUCUUCAGGGACAAAAUGUUUUGCCUGUCGUUCUGCCGCCGAGAGGGACAAAUGGAUCGAGAACCUACAACGGGCAGUAAAACCCAACAAGGACAACAGCCGACGGGUGGACAAUGUGUUGAAGCUGUGGAUCAUAGAGGCUCGGGAGCUACCCCCCAAGAAGCGGUACUACUGCGAGCUCUGCCUGGAUGAUAUGCUGUAUGCCCGCACCACCUCCAAGCCCCGGUCGGCCUCGGGGGACACCGUCUUCUGGGGCGAGCACUUUGAGUUUAACAACCUACCGGCUGUCCGCGCCCUGCGGCUACAUCUGUACCGUGACUCAGACAAAAAGCGCAAGAAGGACAAGGCGGGCUACGUUGGCCUGGUGACUGUGCCCGUGGCCACCCUAGCUGGGCGCCACUUCACAGAGCAGUGGUACCCCGUGACCCUGCCGACAGGCAGUGGGGGCUCUGGGGGCAUGGGGGGUUCAGGAGGGGGCGGGGGCUCAGGGAGCGGCUCAGGGGGCAAGGGCAAAGGAGGCUGCCCAGCUGUGCGGCUGAAAGCACGCUACCAGACGAUGAGUAUCCUGCCCAUGGAGCUGUAUAAGGAGUUUGCAGAGUACGUCACCAACCACUACCGGAUGCUGUGUGCCGUAUUGGAGCCCGCCCUGAAUGUCAAGGGCAAGGAGGAGGUUGCCAGUGCACUGGUUCACAUUCUGCAGAGUACGGGCAAGGCCAAGGACUUCCUUUCAGACAUGGCCAUGUCCGAGGUAGACCGGUUCAUGGAACGGGAGCACCUCAUAUUCCGCGAGAACACGCUCGCCACUAAAGCCAUAGAAGAGUACAUGAGACUGAUUGGUCAGAAAUACCUCAAGGAUGCCAUCGGGGAAUUCAUCCGUGCUCUGUAUGAGUCGGAGGAGAACUGCGAGGUGGACCCUAUCAAGUGCACGGCGUCCAGCCUGGCAGAGCACCAGGCCAACCUGCGGAUGUGCUGUGAGUUGGCCCUGUGCAAGGUGGUCAACUCCCACUGCGUGUUCCCGAGGGAGCUGAAGGAGGUGUUUGCAUCUUGGCGGCUGCGCUGCGCAGAGCGGGGCCGGGAGGACAUCGCUGACAGGCUGAUCAGCGCCUCGCUCUUCUUGCGCUUCCUCUGCCCAGCCAUUAUGUCGCCCAGUCUCUUUGGGCUCAUGCAGGAGUACCCAGAUGAGCAGACCUCACGAACCCUAACCCUCAUUGCCAAGGUCAUCCAGAACCUGGCCAACUUUUCCAAGUUUACCUCAAAGGAGGACUUUCUGGGAUUCAUGAAUGAGUUUCUGGAGCUGGAGUGGGGUUCCAUGCAGCAGUUCCUGUAUGAGAUCUCCAACCUGGACACGCUGACCAACAGCAGUAGCUUUGAGGGUUACAUCGACUUGGGCCGAGAGCUCUCCACACUGCAUGCCCUGCUCUGGGAGGUGCUGCCCCAGCUCAGUAAGGAAGCCCUUCUGAAGCUGGGCCCACUGCCCCGGCUCCUCAAUGACAUCAGCACAGCUCUGAGGAACCCCAACAUCCAAAGGCAGCCAAGCCGUCAGAGUGAGCGGCCCCGGCCUCAGCCUGUGGUGCUGCGAGGCCCAUCGGCCGAGAUGCAGGGCUACAUGAUGCGGGACCUCAACAGCUCCAUCGACCUUCAGUCCUUCAUGGCUCGAGGCCUCAACAGCUCUAUGGACAUGGCUCGCCUCCCUUCCCCAACCAAGGAGAAGCCACCCCCACCGCCCCCUGGUGGGGGGAAAGACCUGUUCUAUGUAAGCCGUCCACCGCUGGCCCGUUCCUCGCCGGCAUACUGCACGAGCAGCUCGGACAUCACAGAGCCAGAGCAGAAGAUGCUGAGUGUCAACAAGAGUGUCUCCAUGCUGGAUUUGCAGGGCGACGGGCCCGGCGGCCGUCUCAACAGCAGCAGUGUGUCCAACCUGGCGGCCGUUGGGGACCUGCUGCACUCGAGCCAGGCUUCCCUGACAGCGGCCUUAGGGCUGCGGCCUGCGCCCGCUGGACGCCUCUCCCAGGGGAGUGGCUCGUCCAUUACAGCGGCUGGCAUGCGCCUCAGCCAGAUGGGUGUCACCACGGACGGUGUCCCUGCCCAGCAACUGCGUAUCCCCCUCUCCUUUCAGAACCCUCUCUUCCACAUGGCUGCUGAUGGGCCAGGCCCCCCAGGGGGCCACGGAGGGGGUGGUGGCCAUGCCCCUCCCUCCUCCCAUCACCACCAUCACCACCAUCACCACCACCGAGGUGGAGAGCCCCCCGGGGACACCUUUGCCCCGUUCCAUGGCUAUAGCAAGAGCGAGGACCUCUCCUCAGGGGUCCCCAAGCCCCCCGCCGCUUCCAUCCUUCACAGCCACAGCUACAGUGAUGAGUUUGGACCCUCUGGCACCGACUUCACCCGUCGGCAGCUCUCACUCCAGGACAACCUGCAGCACAUGCUGUCCCCUCCCCAGAUCACUAUUGGUCCCCAGAGGCCCGCCCCCUCAGGGCCCGGAGGUGGGAGCGGUGGUGGGGGCAGUGGUGGGGGUGGCGGGGGCCAGCCGCCUCCAUUGCAGAGGGGCAAGUCUCAGCAGUUGACGGUCAGCGCUGCCCAGAAACCCCGGCCAUCCAGUGGGAAUCUGUUGCAGUCACCGGAGCCGAGUUACGGCCCUGCCCGUCCGCGGCAACAAAGCCUCAGCAAAGAGGGCAGCAUUGGGGGCAGCGGGGGCAGCGGUGGCGGAGGGGGUGGGGGGCUCAAGCCCUCCAUCACCAAGCAGCAUUCUCAGGCGCCAUCCACGCUGAACCCCACAAUGCCAGCCUCCGAGCGAACGGUGGCCUGGGUCUCCAACAUGCCUCACCUGUCAGCUGACAUCGAGAGUGCCCACAUCGAGCGAGAAGAGUACAAGCUCAAGGAGUACUCUAAGUCGAUGGAUGAGAGCCGGCUGGACAGGGUGAAGGAGUAUGAGGAGGAGAUCCACUCACUGAAGGAGCGGCUGCACAUGUCCAACCGGAAGCUAGAAGAGUAUGAGCGGAGGCUGCUGUCCCAGGAAGAGCAGACCAGCAAAAUCUUGAUGCAGUAUCAGGCCAGACUGGAGCAGAGCGAGAAGAGGCUAAGGCAGCAGCAGGUGGAGAAGGAUUCGCAGAUCAAGAGCAUCAUUGGCAGGCUGAUGCUGGUGGAGGAGGAGCUGCGCCGGGACCACCCCGCCAUGCCUGAGCCGCUGCCCGAACCCAAGAAGAGGCUGCUCGACGCUCAGGAGAGGCAGCUUCCCCCCUUGGGUCCAACAAACCCGCGUGUGACGCUGGCCCCACCUUGGAACGGCCUGGCCCCCCCAGCACCGCCCCCCCCACCCCGGCUGCAGAUCACCGAGAACGGCGAGUUCCGAAACACCGCAGACCACUAGCCCACCCAGCAUCACAGACCUUCUUCUCCUUCCCCAUGCACCCCACCCUGGAACAGCACCCACCACCAGGACUGGAUAUCGCCGAGGGACAGCGGGAUUGCCUCCCUGAAUGCCUCCUUGGGGGGCAUCAAUCCCCCACCCCCACCGCACCAUUUCCAGGGGGGAGAGUGGGGACCCUUAGCUGUCCCCUUUUCCUUCCUGUUGGGGUGCUGCCCCCUGUGACCCCCAGGGACCCUUGCCCCAGGACACCACCUACCCCACACAGACCCCUUCACUCCGGGGUGCUAUCCCCAUCCUCUGCCUCAUAGUUCCCCUGAGCACUGGGGGACAGACCCUCGCCCCCACCCUGGGGGUGUGGCACCUCCAAACUUUCAACUUCAGGGUGAUUUUUUAGCAGUAACCAGAGCUGACAAUCUAACUCCCCUCCACCGCCCCAUUUUGGCCUCCCCUGUCCCCCUUGUUAUGGGGAGGGGACCCCAGGUGAGGGGGCCCUAUUACCCCUUGAUUUCUCAGGAGCGUCUGGGGGGGCUCAGCACGCACAAACUCCUUCUCCUCCUACUACUCUUAAAUUUACUCCCUCCCCACCCAGAACCCAGAUGGGGUGGAGGGGCCACCGGGGCAGGGAGG